CACGGGCGGAUCGGGAUGGAUUUAUAGUACGGGAAUCGCUACGUUAUGAAUGUCAUAAAAUCUUUGCUCAUAUAUGGACUUUAUUCUUCCCAAACUUUGCAUGAUUUGUUUACUCACUCUGCUCUGUUAAAUACGUAAGAACGACAGGCGUGUACAGUAUUAGAACCGCAUCUUGUUGUUUCUAAAGGAGGCCGCUCAGGCCUCGGAGUUUCCUGAGAUUUUUUACGGCAUGGUGCGCUCGGCCUACGGUACACUCGCGCCCUGAUUCACCCGGUAAGACCCGACAGCGGCUAUCCACGGUGCCCAACCUUGGUAUGGACCUAGUGCCCAGUUUCACCAGUGGUCAUAGUAGUGAAGAUUUUUUACCUUCAAUUCACCAGGAGCUGUUGACACUGCCAGAACUUCAAGCUGACUGGAGGGGGGGGGGCACUCUUUAAGUGAAACUGAUGACUAGUUGUCCACAGAGGCAGCUAAGGGAACUGUGGUCUUAAAGAGUAUAACAUACUUUUAUUUCACUGACAUAGUUAGCCAGAGACUUUAGAAUGGCCUCUGUUCCUCUUUACUGUCUUUGCCGUCUCCCUUAUGAUGUCACCCGAUUCAUGAUUGAGUGUGAUGUCUGUCAAGACUGGUUUCAUGGGAGUUGUGUUGGUGUGGAAGAGGACAAAGCAGCAGAUAUUGACCUGUAUCACUGUCCUAACUGCCAGGUGACACAUGGACCCUCUGUUAUGCGUAAACGACGAGGGGCUUUAAAGCACUCUGACUCUGGAGGUGGGAGAGAAUCAGGACGACCUGUUAAGACAGGCAGUGCUCAGUUCGUCAGGGAGUUACGAAGCCGGACGUUUCCCAGUGCUGAUGAGGUCCUGCUCAAGCCGACAGGUGCCCAGCUCACAGUUGACUUUCUAGAGGAACGCUCCUUCAGUGUCCCAGUCUUGGUUCUUAGGAGAGAUGGCUUGGGCAUGAAUCUGCCCCCACCCUCUUUCUCUGUAUCGGAUGUAGAGCAUUAUAUCGGCGGUGACAAGGAAAUUGACGUGAUUGAUGUUAACCGCCAAGCAGACCUGAAGAUGAAACUGGGAGAGUUUGUGGAAUACUAUAACAGUCCAAACAGAGACCGAGUGCUGAAUGUGAUCAGCUUAGAGUUCUCAGACACCAGAUUGUCAAACCUGGUAGAGACACCAAAGAUAGUGAGGAAGCUGUCAUGGGUGGAGAACCUCUGGCCUGAGGAGUCUGUUUUUGAGAGGCCUAAUGUGCAGAAAUACUGCCUGAUGGGGGUGAAGGACAGUUACACAGACUUUCAUAUUGACUUUGGAGGAACCUCUGUGUGGUACCAUGUACUCCGGGGUGAGAAGAUCUUUUACCUUAUUCGUCCCACACCUGCUAACCUGGCUCUUUUUGAGCGCUGGAGUUCAUCCUCCAAUCAGAAUGAGUUGUUCUUUGGGGACCAGGUAGACAUGUGCUACAAAUGUUCACUUAAGCAAGGAAACACCCUCUUUAUCCCAACAGGGUGGAUCCAUGCUGUUCUGACUCCUGUGGACUGCCUGGCAUUUGGGGGGAAUUUUCUUCACAGCCUCAACAUAGACAUGCAGCUACGUGCGUAUGAAAUAGAGAAGCGACUGAACACAGCAGACUUAUUCAGCUUUCCAAACUUUGAGACAGUGUGCUGGUAUGUUGGCAAGCAUCUGCUGGACACAUUUAGAGGUCUGAGAGAGAAUCGACGGCAUCCUGCCACUUAUUUGGUCCAUGGAGCCAAAGCACUCAAUAAUGCUUUUCGCGGCUGGACACGGAAAGAGUCCUUGGCGGAGCAUGAACUCGAGAUACCGGAGACCAUAAAGACCCAGCAGCUAGUGAAAGACCUGGCUAAAGAGAUUCGCCUGGUUGAGGAUAUCUUUCAGCAGAACAUUGGCAGGAGUGGAACACCUUUUGGUGGAUCUCAGGGUCUUCCUUCUCCUCACCCCAAAGUUCCUUUAAACGUAUCCCUCACUACUAUCCGACCCCCAGGUAAAAAGAGAGGCCCCAAGCCGAAGGAUGUAUUUGGAGGAGGAGGUCUGCUCACUCCAGGAGCUAAGAAAAAGAGCCAAAAAGGCAAAGAGAUAAAGACAGAAGCCGGAGAGCUGGACCUGCUUGAGAUUCAUACUAAACACACUCUGAAGAAAUUCCAGCCGGGGUGCAAAGUCAAAAAGAGCAAGCUUGAGUUGUCUGAUGACUGCCUAGAUGACUUUGAAGAGAAGAUCAACAAGAGCAAGCUAAAACUUGUGCUGACUAAUGGAAAGAUACAACGUAAGAAGGGUCGUGCUGGCAGUGCUAAUGGAGCAGGUAGUUCACUUCAACAGUUCCAGCCUCACAUGAGUACAUUGUCUGACUUUGAUUCAGAUGAUGAGCUUCAGAUUGAUGAAACCCCACCACCUCGCCGUAGACAUUCUCUACCUAGCAAGAAGAAAUUAGCAGGUCUACCAAGGAAACUACCUCGGGCCAAACCAUGCAGUGACCCCCAUAGAAUUCGUGAGCCAGGAGAAGUGGACUUCGAUAUUGAGGAGGAUUACACCACAGAUGAAGAGAUGCUCACAGUUCAGGGUGUAAAAGGGGGAGCAGGGGGGAUUUUGGACUUGCUCAAGGCAAGCAAACAGGUGGCGGGUUUGGAUUCUGCACUGAGUGAGGAAGCACCAGCCUCCCCCAGCACCUGUGAUGCAAUCCAGGGCAUGCUCUCCAUGGCCAACCCUCCAUCUUCCUCCUCUUCUUCCUCAUCCUCCUCUCCUCUUUCUAUCUCUGGAGGGGGUGAGAUGCUGGGGCUCAUGAAGGAAAAAGGAGUGAGAACUGGAUGGGUAAGUGGUGGAGCCAAGAAGAGUGAGAAAACCACCUUUCAGAGACCAGGGAAACGUCCAAUCAAGCGCCCUGCACGGCAUCUCAGUGAUGACGACAGCCUGGAUGAACAGGAGACUCUGGGUACCUGUUUUAAAGACUCCGAUUAUGUAUAUCCAUCACUAGAAUCUGAUGAGGAGGACCACUUAAGCAAGUCCAAAAUGAAAAGGAAGCGAAACUGGGAUGAUACACCUUGGAGUCCUAAAGCUCGUGUUACACCCACACUGCCUAAGCAGGAGCGACCAGUGAGGGAAGGUGCCAGGGUGGCAUCUGUAGAAACCGGCCUUGCAGCUGCUGCUGCCAAAUUGGCACAACAGGAACAACAGAAAACCAUAACCAAGAGAAAAUACACAAAGAAGAAGGUCCCUCAAGAGAAGGUACAUUCUGCAGCUACCCAGCUCCAACAUCAGCCAGACUCUGCGCCCGUGUCUCCUCCUCUGCCUACUGAGCCUCCUGUGGACUGCAUCGUUGAGGAUAGGAGAGUGGAAGUGUACUCUGCCAGUCUGCUGGACCAUGAGUACACAGCAGGACCAGGUCCGUUCAGCCCAGGGGGGCCAAGAGGAAGCGGCGCCAUGGCCCCUGGUGUGUUCCUGACAUCAAGGCGACCCUCACUUUCUCCCCAAAACAGUAGCAGCCUCCCUCCCUCUGCCCUCUCACCUGUAGGGCUGGCUACACCAACAUCAGCAGGAGUAUGUCAAGGGAAACGUCCAAAAAAAGGACUUGCUACAGCUAAACAGAGACUGGGAAAGAUUCUGAAAAUACAUCGAAAUGGCAAGCUUCUCCUGUGAGAGGUCACUGUAGAUUGAUAAUAUGGAGAGGAAACUGCAGGGAACAAUAGAAGUGGAGUAAGCGCAAAAGGAUGAGAGAGACUGACUGAUUUGGGUGUUAAAAUUAUGUGACCGUUUUAUGGUUUUAUUUGCUUCAUAGGGAUGAAACGUGAAAAGACUGGUAACUUGUUGUGAGAAAAUUUAUGAAGGGAAAUCCCAGUCAUGAACAUUGUUGAGCAGUUGGCAUUUAGCAUAGUGUUUUAGAAUAGAAAUUCUAUUUGCAAAAUAAUUGGAGGUAAAUGGAGAUACAAUUCUGACAUAAAUCAUUAAUAAUAGUUACCAAUGAGUAAUUGCUAUCAUUUGAGUUCCAUCAUUUGGUCUUCAUUACUUUACUUCUAAAAGAAGUUGAGCUGCAUAUAUGAACACUUCUGUCUUUUUUCCCCCUCAAACCCUUUUAUAUCAUAUUUAUUAAUUGAUUUCAGUUUUAACAUUUGUAUAUUUCUAGACAAAAACUGAAUGCCUAGGAGCACUUGACGUUUGAUUAUUUUUCCUAAAGCCACAGGAAAAAACAAAAGAUCACAUUGUUCAAAAGGUCUUUGACUGAUUGCUGGUUUAUUUCUAUAUUUGACUUCCAGAAUUGGAACGUGGUGGGUUGUUUGAAUUGUCAUAAGGAUGAUUCUUCAGUAUAAUUCUCAGCAAAUUUUCUCAUGGCUAUUUGUCUUCACAGUCUAAUCUCCUGAAGCCAUCCAUAUAUUUAGUUUUGUUUUCUAGCUUCAUGUAGUAUAUGUUAAUAUAAAUUUAUUUUAAACCACAGAAGGUAAUUUGAUACACCUUUGAUCGUUAUUGCUGUAGUAUAGUCCUGUAGUAAUGUCUCUUUGCUUGGUAAAGAAUGUUUUUACGGUAGUGAACUAACACAUUUUUAUCAACAUAUGUUGUGAAUAUAUUUUAAGUUUGUCUUGUUUUGUUUGUUUUCCCCUCAGCAUGGGCGGUAAAAUGUCCUGGCACUGUUUGGUCAGAGUUAGAUCUAGUUUUUCUUUUUGGACUUGUCCAAGUAUAGCUGUAGAAAGUUCAUAGGUUGUGGGUUACAUUUUAUUAAUUGGAAAGUACACAAAAAUUGAUAUAGUAUUAGAUCAUUGGGUAUUCUGGGGGUUCAAUGUAAAUAUGUGUUGUAUUUUUUAUUUUUAUUUUUAUUUUUUUUGGAAGAAAGAAUUUAUUGCAAUUUGAAUUUUUCUUGACUUCUUGUAAAAAACAAAAACAAAAAAAAACUACAUGUUUUGGAAAGUGACAUAGCAUAAGAGUUGUUUAGUCAGUUUUAUUUGUAUAGGGUAAAUAUACAGUUAUUUUACAUUGAUGCUUAUUAUAUUACCAAUGUGAUCAAUUUAAUGUAUUCUAUCGCUAUGUCAAUUUGUUUUUGUUCAUUUAGAUUUUUCCCCACUUAAUAUUAAUUGUAUUGUCAAUAUACUUUUUAAAUUUUUAUUUUUUAUUUUAUAGAGUGCUAGAGGAGUUACUGUAUCGGCAACAAUAUUUCUUUAGUUUCUCCUUUGACCAUUAUGUCCAUAAUCAGUACCAAAAAUAUUGAUAUCCCUUAAAUUAGUGGGCCAGUGUAAAUAUUAUUUUACAUUAACUUUUUCUUCUGUAAAUGUCACAGAUCUUCACCCUGCCGGAUUGUCAUCAUGCCAUCCAAAUGUGUCUUGAAACUAUUUGUUUUCAACAUGAAGUAACAAAAUACAGUUUAAAUGCACUGUGAAAAUAAUUGUAUUAUUUUUAGAAGUUAUUUUUAGAUUCUGAAAUUUGACAGGAUAUUUCUGGAACAUUUUGAGUUAUUUGUUCAUUUGUUAGAUUUGCCUUCUGCUUUAUAUCCUCCCUGAAUGUUGUUAAACACUCAUUUUUGCUAAACAUCUGUGCCUUCAGUAACAUCCCAAACAUAGCAACCUCACUUACAUGUGCAUCUGUACACAUUUUUUAUACUAGUUUCAAUUUAAUCAGAACCAAUGGGUAGCCGCUGCUUUUAACUGUUAUUUCAAAAGGGGGAUGAUGUAAAGCGAGAGGUGCAACAAAGCAAAUGUCGAAAACCUUAAAAAAAAACAGGACUGUCUUUUAUGUUCUUAUUAAAACUCCUUACGUUUAAGUUAUUCUCUUCUUUAUGAUUUAGAGUUAAUUGUGUGCAUUUUAGGAUUUAUUUAUACUUUAAUAAUAUUGUCUGUUAAAGUUUAAUUGGAACAAUUAAUGUUAUUGCAGUUCCUUUCAGUUUUUUUUUAUUAUAUAUAGCAUUUUGAUAGGAAAAAGGAGAAACAUUACAAGUACACUUUCAGGACCAUUGAAAAACCAAGUCAAAUUUGAACCCAUUGAAUAUUAAUAAUUGGACUUUGUCUUUCGCUGUUGUCACCAACUUUGAUUUUUGAAAAGGCUUGAGUGGAUUUUUCCAAGUGAGCUCUAUUAAAAUAUAUUUUUUA